GCAAAUAAAAAAAGCCCUUCUUUACCAACUUUUUUUCUCAUUUAAACCACACCAAAACAUAAAGCUUUUUUACCACACCAAACCCAAAACCCCAACUACAAAAAUCCCCUCUCCCUUCUCUCUCUCCUCUCUCCCUGAAAGCUGAAACUGACUUUUUUUCUUUUAUUUUUCACAUGGAACUAAAUCUGAAGCCAUGGAUAGAUGAGUCAGUGACAGAGGAAGAUCAAGAAACAAAGCUGCUCCAAAACCCUUCUUCUUCUUCCUCACCUGCUCUUCCUUUGUUCUUCUCUGAACCCAACACCACCAGCCACCAUUUGUCAGUCCCUUACUCCUCUGAUCAUCCAAACACGCCCUUAUCUGCUCCCAAAUUCCCCUGGAUGGGGAGCUUUUUCAGCUUGGCCCAAUGGCAGGAGCUUGAGCUUCAGGCUCUGAUUUACAGGCACAUGACAGCUGGCGCCUCUGUUCCUCAGGAGCUCCUUCAUCUUGUUCGGAAGAGCCUCGUGAAUUCCCCAUUUUACCCUCACCACCAAUACUACUCCCAUUACCAGCCACCUCUUCGAGAUCUGAUUCGAUUAUUUUCUUCGUGUUCUUUUUUUUGGCGGGAUCAAGUGGUGCAGGCGGGGUACUGGGGGAAGGGGGCGAUGGACCCGGAGCCGGGGAGGUGCCGGCGGACGGACGGCAAGAAGUGGCGGUGCUCGAGGGACGUGGUGGCGGGGCACAAGUACUGCGAGCGCCACAUGCACAGGGGACGCAACCGUUCAAGAAAGCCUGUGGAAGCCGCCGCUGCCGGGACCGGGCCGUACGGCGGUGAGGCCCGGAAAGGCGGCUGCGCCGCCGCCGCCGGCGAGGGUUCCGGCGCCUUUACGAUCACGGCCGCCGCGUCGCGCUCGACGGAUCUCCUUCCUCUGAAUCAGAGGUAUUGUGACUCUAUAAUCGAGACAAAGGGCAAUUUCGACCCGCAACCCGACGACGGACACUCGACUGGUCGAACCCUUAGGCACUUUUUCGAUGAUUGGCCAAAACCCCUUCACGAGUCUGCCUCCAAUUACUCGGCCACGAAUCUCUCGAUCUCAAUGCCCGAAAACUCGUCCUCCGAUUUUUCACUCACGCUUGGGACAACAGGAAUCGGUGACGAGCCGAGCUCUCAAGUCAACGGUGGUCAAAGGGAAAAUGACAUGAAUAGUAACAACAAUAUUAAUAAUAAUAAACCUCAUCAAGUGAUGAGUUGGGGAAUGGCUAAUUGGGAGAAUAUUCCGGUGGCCGCAAUGGGAGGGCCACUUGCCGAGGCUUUGAGAUUGUCGGCCACCGCCUCGUCAUCAUCGCCGACGAGCGUGCUUCAUCGGCUGCCACGUGGCGCCGUCUCGGAAGGUAGUUAUGUUACCUCAUAAAACUUGGUGAAAAUUAAUUUUAGUUGUGUGCUUUUUCUUUGUUUGUUUGUUUUUUUUUUUGGUAAUCUUUUUCUUGGGCUGCAUUAUUGACUAGUUUAUUUAAUGUUGCUUUGUUCUUCAUAUGGGAAUCUUGGGAACUGUUAAAGUGUGAUUGUACGGAUUGCAUUAUGUUUGUGGUGUAUGGCUCACGCCUUAAAAGAGUUUUAUGUCUUUGCUGCGUGGAGUGUAUGUCAUAUGAAGUUAUGAACAAUGAAAAUUAAAAGCAAUAUGCAGUAAAAUUAGUUUUAAAUUA